UAAAAGAGGUAGCGGUGACCACGUGAGCUAAAGGCAAGCAAGAGCUAUGGGCAACAAGCUUGAGGGUGGAGUUGAAGCUUGGCCGAUGAGCUGUGGGUGAAGGAGCUAGGAGGCGAUAGCGAUGAGAGCAAAGGGAAGAGCUAAGGGCAAAAGGCUAUGGAGGUCGAGAGAUGGGGCCAAAGAGCUUGAGGAUCAAGAUGUGGGAGGAGUUGUGGGUAAAGGGAGCAUAUGAUGAGCUGAAAGAAAAUCCUAAAGAGAGCAAAGUUGAUGGUGGCGAUGAUAGACCCAAGGAAAAAGAUUUCUGCAAAAGAUGUCAGAGACAACAAAGGCAGCUGCAAAGAAAGAAGAAAAAACAGAAGCAGUAGCUGCAGGCGGUGCAGUCAUAAUAAUAAGAACAGACUCCCUCACUCAUUCACAGCACAUAAAGAAAUAAAGAGGAGGUGGCAGUGAAAGCCAGAAGAAGUAUAUCAUCAGAGCCAUUGAAUGAUGAAUACUGCAAGAAAUAGGCCUCCUUUCACAGCUUCUCAGUGGCAAGAACUUGAACAACAAGCUCUUGUUUUCAAAUACAUGGUCUCAGGGACACCGAUCCCACCUGAUCUCAUUUACUCCAUCAAAAGAAGCCUAGACUCUUCAAUAUCUUCAAGGCUUUUUACUCACCAUCCGGGUGUGGGAUGGGGGUGUUUUGAGAUGGGUUUUGGGAGAAAAAUUGAUCCAGAGCCAGGAAGGUGCAGAAGAACAGAUGGUAAGAAGUGGAGAUGCUCUAAGGAAGCAUAUCCAGAUUCAAAAUACUGUGAAAAACACAUGCACAGAGGAAGAAACCGUUCAAGAAAGCCUGUGGAAGUUCCUUCAUCAACAAGCAGCAUUACCACAAACACCUCGCAAGCAAUCUCACCAUAUAGCCUUAACAGAGGUCUUUCCAUGAUGAGCAGCAACCCCAAUAACAACGCCACAUCCUCAAUCUCUUCUUCCUCUUUCCCAUUCUCCGAAUCAUCAUCCCAAUAUCCUUACCAAAAUUCUUCUCUUAAUCCCUUCUUUUACACCCAUUCAACCUCUUCGAGACCUCCUGAUUCUGAUUUCUCAUCUCAAAACAACACUACCCAUCAGCUAUUUUUGGACUCUGGAUCUUAUUCUCAUGAUGAAAAAGACUAUAGAAAUAUUCAUGUGGACGAAAGGGCAUUUUUCCCAGAAGCUUCAGGGUCUGCAAGAAGCUUCCACGACUCAUACCACGAAUUAUCUAUGAGCUCCUACAAUAAAUCCUAUUCAAGCUCGCAGCAGUUUCAAAGCCUCAGUGAUAAUGACAGUAAUCCAAGGCAACAAGAAGAGCAACAUUGUUUUGUUCUAGGAACCGACUUCAAAUCACCAAGACCAAGCAAAAGUGAGAAAGAGACUAGCACUGAAACUGCCCAGAGACCACUUCACCACUUCUUUGGGGAUCAGUGGACUCAAAAGAACACAGAUUCUUGGCUCGAUCUCGCUUCCAACUCCAGAAUCCCCACAGAUGAAUGACGUUUUGGUCAUGCGUGAUGAUAAUGGACACGGCCGAGAGAGAGAGAGAUAAAGAUGAAAGGUCUGGUGGCUAGGGGAGCUUACCUUUGAUAAAGCAGCAAUGUUUGUUAUGGAGGAAUGUGGGGGCCCACACUUGGAUUUGUGUCUUUACUUUAGGUUGAUAUCUAAAUAUACUUUCUUGCUUCCCUCUGAAGAAAACAUGUCUCCUAUUUGCGCACACUCUGUGUGUGUGUUGAUUUUGUUUGACUGAGUUGUGUGGACCGGAGGGAAAUUAAAGAAAGGAAGCAACUUCAGUUGUUUGUGUGAAGUUCUGCACUUUGCUUUCCAAUUCAAAUUGCCUCUAACUUUUGCUUA